AUGUGUUGGGAAGGUGGAGGUGGAGCAUUUAGUGGAGGGGGUUUAGGUGUUGAUGGAGGAGGUGGUGAUGAAAUUCUUGGGCUAGGUGGUGGAGGUAUGGAUGUUGAUGGGGGAGGCGGCGUACUUUUAGGGAUUGGUGGAGAUGAUGAACUUUGCAGUGAAGGAGAUGGUGAUAGUGAUGGGCUUGAUUUAAUUGGUGGAGAACGAUUGCUCGGAGAAAGUGAAGGAGAAGGAGAAGGAGAUGGUGUUUGCGAAGAACUGGGACGUAAGGAAUUUAUGGCAAAUGAUGGUGAAGGGGAAGGAGGAAAAGAUGAUGAUAUGGAAGGACGCGGGGCUAUAAUUGGCAUUGAGGGUGAAGGAGAAGGAGAUAAUUGA